UGGCAAAUUUAAAAGAACUGCUAUGAUAGAAGCAGAGUAGUGGAUUGUGGAGAGUAUUUGAUGGGUGGUUAAAGUGAAAGCAACAUAGCGAGUCAAGGACAAGAAUGAAAAUCCAAAAUAGUGGCUCAAACUUGUGAGCAGUUGGUAGAAUCCAAAAAAUUGUCAUUUUGGUUUUGUUCCAAGUUCUUCCAAUAAGUUUUUCCAAACCAUGAACGGAUGAGGAGCUUUUAAGCAUAUAUUCCACACAUUAUUACUGAGCUCAUGUAAAUAUGGAGCGAUAAAACUAGGGGUAUAUAAUUGGCCACUUGGCUAUGAGAGCAAUCACUCGUUGCUUUAUCCGAGGAUGAUAACCCUUGGUGGGCUAAUUUCGUGACACGUGGCGGUGCAUGGUAUGGGAUGGAUUCUGUUGGUAUAUUCCAUGAGAGAUUGUCUAUAUAGAUUGUUGGUUGUCUGUGUUUGUUUUUCGCUCUUUGGUCCUGCAAUUUUUGUACUUUUGAAUUACAUAAAAUAUAGAUAUAUUAUACACAAUAUCCAUAAACCAUCCUAAAAGCCACAACCAUGUCUGCCUUUGUUGGAAAGUAUGCUGAGGAACUCAUCAAGACAGCAAAGUACAUCGCCACCCCCGGAAAGGGUAUCCUGGCGGCGGACGAGAGCACCGGCACCAUCGGAAAGCGACUCGCGAGCAUCAACGUCGAGAACAUCGAGUUGAACCGCCAAGCCCUAAGGGAGCUCCUCUUCACCUCCCCAAACGCCCUCUCCUGCCUCUCCGGCGUCAUCCUCUUCGAGGAGACUCUCUACCAAAAAACCUCCGACGGCAAGCCCUUCGUCGAGGUCCUCGAGGAAAACGGCGUCGUCCCGGGGAUCAAGGUCGACAAGGGCACCGUAGAGCUUGCCGGAACCAACGGCGAGACCACCACUCAGGGCUUCGAUUCGCUCGGAGCACGGUGCAGCCAGUACUAUAAGGCCGGGGCGCGAUUCGCCAAGUGGCGUGCCGUCCUUAAGAUCGGUCCCACCGAGCCGUCGGAGCUGUCCAUCCAGCAGAACGCGCAGGGUUUGGCCCGCUACGCAAUCAUCUGUCAGGAGAACGGGCUGGUGCCCAUCGUCGAGCCUGAGGUGCUCACCGAUGGGCCCCACGACAUUAAGAAGUGUGCCGCCGUCACGGAGACGGUGCUCGCAGCGGUCUACAAGGCGCUGAAUGAUCAUCAUGUGCUUCUUGAGGGCACGCUCCUUAAACCCAACAUGGUUACGCCUGGUUCUGAUAGCCCUAAGGUAGCAGCGGAGGUGAUUGCGGAGCACACGGUGACAGCGCUCCGCCGGACAGUGCCACCGGCAGUGCCAGGAAUAGUGUUCCUAUCGGGCGGGCAGAGCGAGGAGGAGGCGACGUUCAACCUCAAUGCGAUGAACAAGCUGGAGGUGUUGAAGCCAUGGACGCUGUCCUUCUCAUUCGGGCGAGCUCUUCAGCAGAGCACACUCAAGACAUGGGGUGGGAAGAAGGAGAACAUUGGCAAGGCUCAGGAGGCAUUCUUGGCCAGGGCCAAGGCCAAUUCUGAGGCCUCUCUUGGCAACUACACCGGAGGCAGUGGCACUGGUCUUGCUUCUGAAAGUUUGUUUGUUAAGGGUUACAAGUACUAAUUAGUACUAACCUUAAAAUGAUGUCAUGAUAUCUCUCUCUCUCUCUCUCUCUCUC